AUGCUGGCAGAAGGCGGAGGAAGAAGUGGAAAACAUCAACCUUUGCAGGUUGUUUCUGAUAGCGAGGACGAGGACGAUGACGAGUGCAGUGGAGUGAGCGACCGAAGCGGCAGGCGUUCAAAAGAGGGCGGGAAGGAACCCUGGUGGAAGUUUUGGAAGCGAAGUGAUCCAAAAAAGUCGGGGGCAGCUGGAGAAAGUAGUCCUUUGCUCAAAGAGCCUUCUCCAGGUCCUUCCGGUCUUUCCGAGCCUUCCACAUCAGCUGCUGGAUCAGAAGGCUUUGACAACGCCGCCAGCGGCGCACAUCCUCCAGGGGGUUGGGUCGAACACACGACUGAAGUGCUUGUUGGAGAGUUGAACUCUAGUCAUUACGAAAAGGUCAAACGUCCCUAUCAUUACCCAAAACUGGGAACUGGACAACGCUUCCAACGGUUGCGCCAAGUAUUGCAGAAGGUGGAAGAAGUAGCAAGUGGCCUUUGCUUCCUUCACAGUGGCCCCUACGCAAGCGCCUUCCUCACAGUUGCUGAUUUUAGACGAGAUACAGCUUGUGUAACCGAGGAGGCGGUCGUGUUGCUGCUGGACGAUAUGGAAAAAAAUGGCAUCCCAAACGGCGAAACGGCCACGUUGGCUUUUGUGCUUGAGAAGCCAUCAAGCGUGCCCUGCUCCGGCAAAAUUAUGUUUGAGGUCUAUGCUACGACUGGUCAAGCUGCUGGCCUAGAGGGAGAACAAUCAAAAAAGCAAUGA